AUGUCGGAUCGAUCCGGCGGCCCAGACACGGCUGCGGGUGGCGGUGUCGCCGCUGCAUCGCCGCCGCGGGUCAUCCAGGGCGACCUAUAUCGCAACCGCAACCUUGGUUCGGCCCUCUCGCUGCGCAAGCACGACCUCGAAACCACGCCCGGAUCAGCCGCCGCGCCCACCACCACCACCGCGGGCACUUUCACCAAGCUGCGCAACCUGAGCCAGCUACGCCUGUUCAGGGAUGAUGCGCAUCCUGAGACGUCGCCCUCGCCCACUUCGCCGCGCUCCGCCCUGCCAGCAUCGACCUCGUCGGGCCAGGUCAGCAACCGGAGCACGCUGGCCGAACUUCCCGCCGCCGCCGCCGCCGCCGACGCCGGACCCGCCGAUGGGGGCAGCAAGCUCAUCAAGCGGCGCUCCCGCCUACUCGAUGCCUUCCGCUCCAAGCGGCCGCAGAGCACCUUUGAGGUGGUGCGCAAGCCCAUCGGGCAGCGCAACAACAGCUCCAACUCGCAGCUCAACCAGCCCUCGAGCGUAAAGGCGCCGGCGGCGAGCAGCGACCACGACCACGACGAUGGCGCCGCGUCGGCCUUUGCCGUCGGCCCUCGUUCGGAGCUGGCCGAGGCGCAGAGGACGCGGACCGUGAGCGGGGCAUCCGACUACCCUCGGCGCUCGACGUCCGGUCGCAACAGCAGCGCCUCGAUCGCAUCCGACUUUGAGCGCGAGCUCGCCACUCGCCCAGCAGAGGGGCAGCUGCACACGCGCGGAGCCCAUCCGCCCUCGACGACAAAGACGCGGCGCCCCGGUCCAGGCCUGGGCCUGCCAUUCGGCGCACGCCGGCACAGCGGCCUCGGCGUCGACUCGGCCGCCAGCAACUCGUCCAGAGCCGCCUCGCCCCUGCCCAGCCCGGGCGUCGACACCAGCGCCGGCACCUUCAGCCUGCACUCGUUCCGCAACGUCCGCAGCGCCAGCGACGCCUCAAAGGCCGAAGGCGCAUCGAGCGUAAACGCCCGCAGGCAGAGCCUCUUGAACGGCGGCGAAGAGUUUGUCACGCCCACCGAAGAGCUCGUGCUGCCGUCUCCCUUUGCCGACGACGUCAAAUCCCCCGCCAGCAACCGGAGCUCGGUGGUGCUGUCCCCGCCCCAGGUCAAGGCGGCCAGCCCGGCAAAGGCAGUCGGGGUGUCACCGUUCCAGAGCCAGAACAACAACAGCAGCAUCUCGGUCGCCCGAUUCCGCCAGGCGGCACGCAGCCGCAGCGAACUCGGCGGCCUCGGCGCUGCCGACGACGUUCGCGCCUCGACGCCGCGCCUCAACCUGGCCGACCUGCAGGACCACGGCGAGAGGCUCCAGGGACCUAACCCGGCGUUUGCCAGCCCGCCGGCGGCCAUGUCGCCGUCGCAGGAGCUGGCCGCCCUCGAGGCGGAGCUGUCGCAGGGUGGGCGCUCCACGCCCUUGCUCAAGUUGCUCAGGGAGAGGGAGGCUUCACGGGGCCUCUUCAUCGUCGUCGAGGGACUCGACCGGGCCGGCAAGAGCACGCAGGUGGCCAGGCUGGCGGACAAGCUCGGCGCAAAGGAGAUCAAGUUCCCCGACCGCACCACCGCCAUCGGCCAGAUGAUCAACUCGUACCUGGCCCAGACCAGCAACCUCGACGACAAGGCCAUCCACCUGCUCUUCUCGGCCAACCGGUGGGAGUGCGUUCAGUCGAUCCUGACCACGCUCGCAGAGGGCCAGAGCAUCGUCUGCGACCGGUACGCCUUUUCGGGCAUCGCCUACUCGUGCGCAAAGGGCCUCAGCUUCGACUGGUGCAAGGCGCCCGACGUCGGCCUACCCCUGCCGGACCUCACCGUCUUCCUCGACCUGGACGCAGAGACCGCGGCCGCACGGGGCGGCUACGGCGAGGAGCGCUACGAGAAGAGGGAGUUUCAGGCCAAGGUGCGCGAGGCCUUCAAGCUGGUGUCGUCCGAGGUCAAGGACCACGGCGGCAAGUGGGCGACGGUCAACGCGGCGGGCUCCCUCGACGACGUCACGCGCGAGAUCCACAAGGUGGUGGUGCAGUCGACGGCAACCAUCGACCUGCGCGUCGGAGAGGUGGGCCGGCUGUUCAUCGACAGCAGGGCCACCGCCGCGCCGCCUCCCCCUGCCGCGCGCGAGGAGCCGGUCGACUGGCGCAAGCGGCAGAGCAUCGACGGGCUCGCAUCGCUCGGGAACGGCUCGCUCUUGCGCCACUUCCGGUCCGGAUCCAACAACGCCAGCGGGACGAUGCCGCAGCCGGCGGAGACCAAGGCGACGAGCCCGAGCUACGCCGACCAGCUCGCAGCGAUGCGAUCCGCGGCGGCCGGCACGUUUACCGGGCUCUUUGGCUCGCAGGCGGAUGCGGACAGGUCGUCGGGCCUUGGGCUUGAGCCGAACCCAACGACAUCGGCCGUCGCCGCCGCAGCCGCUGCCAAGGGCCAGGGUGUCGACUCGGACCGGGUGCUGGCCAGCUACAACGCCGCGCAUCCCGGUCGCAGGAUGACGCUCGUCGAGAUGAUCGACCAGAUCGAGGCUGGACGAAGCCCCGAUUCUGCGCCCAUCAACCUGCCGCCACCUUCGCAGCCCUGGGUUGCCGCCGAACGGCCGCCACCGCGCUCGAGGACGAGCUCGCACAGCGGUGUCGCCGCAACGCAGCCCGCCAGCGGACCGGCGCCCGCCAUCGAGGCCGCCGUCCUGGCCAACGCAGCAAACGGCGAGAGAUUCCCUUCCACGUUCGCCCUGGGCAACCGCUCUCGACGGAGCCUCAACGUCUCGGACAUCGCGCAACCCGCUGCCACCACCGCCAACAACGACAAGAACCGCCGGCGGACGGGCAGCGAAUCGUCCGACGACGAUGCGGAAGGCGAAGACUCGGACAGCGCACCCGUCGCGAAGCGUGCUGCCCCGCCGCAAUCCGCGGCGCCUUCACGUGCGGUGCCGCUGGUCUCGCCCAGCCCACAGCGGGCCACGAGCAUCUCGCAAAAGACAUCGACCACCCUCGAGUCGGCGAUCAGCACGCCUGCGACCGAGGAAGACGACGACUCUCCGCUCGGUCUUGCCGCCGGCCAUGGCAAGAGGAUCAAUGUCGCCGCCCCGUCUGCCGCGGCCUCUAUCGAGCCGUCAAAGGUGACCAGCACCUCCUCGCGAGGUCCUGCCGCUGGCCAGCAGGGACUCGCUCGGCCUGCGCUGGAUGCACGCAAGAGCUCAGCGUCGCCAGCGUCGCGACCGGCAUCACGACCGCAGUCGACGUCGCCUGCGCCACCGCCGCCGUCGUCGUCGGGCAUGCCGAGCUCUCCUCACCUCUACCAGCCCAUGCCCGGCAGCGAGGCUCACCAGCUCAGCUCGCAGCAGCUGGCCAUGCUGGCCGCCCAGCAGCAACAGCAGCAGCAGAUGCAGCAGAUGGAGAUGCAGCAGCAGUACAUGCAGCGCUACAUGGCCGCCGCCGCGUCGUCGAUGCACCAGGACCCCGUGGUGAUGCAGCGGAUGCACGCACAGGCCCAGGCCCAGGCGCAUUACCAGUACCAGUACCAGCUGAUGCUGAUGCAGCAGCAGCAGCACCACUUUUUCGCCCACGGCGCCGGGAGCAGCAUCUACGGCGGCAGCGAGAUUGGCACCGGGCCGCGGCAGCAGCCGUUGGCGGCGUUCAUGCAGCCAGGCGUCGGGAUGCCCCACUCGUCGAGCAUGUCCGAGUACGGCGGCGGUGGCGGUGGCGGAGGCGGGAGGAGGAGCGGGCAGCUGCACUCGCGGACUCGGAGCAGCAGCAGCGGGCUCAACGUCCUGCACGAAGGCGGGGCAGCGCAGCCCUCGGCGGUGGCGGGUCGCGGUGCAUCGCCUUCGUCGUCGCCGCAGCCGCCGAUGCUAUCGAUGAUGAUGGCCGCACCGCCGCCGCAGGCAUCGUCUUCGUCGGCGGCUGCUGCUGCUCCGUCCUCGCCGUCGCACGCGCAGCACAGCUUCCUGAUGGCCGCACCGCCCCCCUUUUUCCCCUACGGCUUCUCCCGACCGGGCCCGUCGGGUGCCCAGAGCGAGGUUGGCACCUCGACGGCGCCUAGAUCCCGUCGUUCAGCUCGAUCCUCGACUGCUGCUGCUGCUGCUCCAGGUGCCGUGGGUGCGGGCGCUAUGGGUCCACCACCGGUCCCCAACGGCGGAUCGAGGCUGUCAAAUGGGCGGGUCGACCACUAG